AUGGCUCACGUUCAACAACGUCCCAACAACUACCGCCACAGAGGCAACACCCACAAUUUUCAUCGACGAGGUCGUCGUUCUCAUCCAUACCAAAGACAGCCACUUCGAGACAUUGACGGAAACAUCGUCAUGAGUGGCAUGGAAACUGCAGCUCUAUCGCCGGCUCCUAUCAACCCUCCACGUCACCAAAGAUCAGUCUCUUUCCAAGGACCAAACUCUAGCCAAGGCGGCAGAGGCCAACGUCGAAAUCGCAACCGCAACCGAAACCGCAACCGCAAUCGCAAUGUCCAAAACGGGCAAAUCAUCAAGUUGGACAUGUCCCCCAUGACUGUCCAUGCCCAUCCACAGAUGCUAGCCCAGCUCAAUAGUCGGGUUUUCCACGGUCAAACAGAGCCGAAUGAGAUUGCUGAAACUCAACGGCAUGCUGCCUUGCAAGUUGCCUCGACACCCGCACCCGACCCCAGUUGGAGUUCACCCAUCAAAUACGUUCACAUGAAUGGUGAAUUGACCCCAGUCGACAACUGCGGAGACGUCGUCAUGGGAGAAGCCCCGUCUCUCAACAUGGGCGGCUCUAUCGAAUAUAUAGCAAAUGAGAAUAUGCUCCUCAUCGCCCUCAGCAAUGAGAUAGGAAAUCUCCAACUUUUCAAGUGA